UCCUGUCUGAAUCUGCCACAACCAACAUUUCCGCAUGGGAGUGACGUCAUCACCGGGCGACUACCGGAAGUGAGCGCUGGCGAGUUCUACACGUGAGCCGUGUGCUGUAUUUGGUGGGACAUUGACAAGAUAAAGAAAAUUAGAACCGACUUCCACCUCUCACAAUGGGCAAAAAAGGGAAAGUAGGAAAAGGACGAAAGGAUAAAUUCUAUCAUUUGGCUAAAGAGACAGGCUAUCGUUCCCGUUCGGCCUUUAAGCUCAUUCAGCUGAACAGAAAAUUUCAGUUCCUGCAGAGAGCCCGAGCGCUUGUUGAUCUGUGUGCCGCCCCUGGGGGAUGGCUCCAGGUUGCUUCAAAGUUUAUGCCAGUAUCCAGUCUUAUCAUAGGUGUUGACCUCGUGCCUAUCAAACCCAUUCCUAAUGUUGUGACUCUACAGGACGACAUCACUAGCGAGACCUGCCGACAGGUGAUAAAGAAGCAACUUCAGACAUGGAAGGCUGAUGUGGUAUUAAAUGACGGAGCACCGAACGUGGGAGCAAACUGGACCCAUGAUGCAUUCACACAAGUACAUCUGUCUCUUAUGGCUCUUCGCUUGGCCUGUGACUGCCUCUCUAGAGGGGGCUGGUUUGUCACAAAGAUUUUCCGUUCUUCCGAUUAUCAAUCCCUUCUGUGGAUCCUCAAGAACUUCUUCAAGAAGGUGACUUCCACCAAGCCCCAGGCAUCUCGAAGUGAGAGUGCUGAAAUCUUUGUUGUGUGUCAAGGAUACUUGGCUCCUGAUAAAAUUGACAGUCGUUUCUUUGAUCCUAAGUUUGCCUUUAAGAAUGUGGAAAGUCCUAUGCAAACUGUCUCUCAGCUGGUAUCCCAUAAGAAGCCCAAGGCAGAAGGAUAUGAAGAAGGAACACUUUACCAAAAAGCAAAUCUUGUGGAUUUCCUGAAAUCUCCCAAUCCUGUGGACUUUCUUGCCAAGAUCGGCGAGAUCGUAAUAGAUGACGAAGAUCUUGAGACCCAUACGGCCACCACCACUGAUAUCAAAGAAUUCUGUAAGGAUAUCAAAGUCCUUGGGCGCAAGGAGCUCAGGUCACUCCUGAAUUGGAGGUCGAAGUUGCGUAGACAUCUUGCCAAGAAGCUAAAAGAAUCAAAAGAUUCUAUGGAGGAGGUGAAUCUCAGUUCUGGUGAAGAGGAAGAUGGCGGCUUAGAAUCCGAGGGCAAAAAAAAGAACAAAGAAGAGGACAAAGAAGAGGAGGAGGAGGAUGAGAAUCAGCAGCUGGACAGGAAGUUGGCUGAACUAAAAGCUGAAGAGCUGUCGACACUCAAAAGGAAGAAGAAGCAGUUACUGAAAGUGCAGCGCAAGCUACGAGUUAGAAUGGAACUCAAGAUGGAUCUUCCCGGUGUUUCCAUAGCCGAUGAUGGGGAUACUGGGAUGUUCUCACUAAAAACAAUUGGGAAAAAAGAGCUCUUGCAAACGUUGUCACGCGGAGACAUGUCUGCCGCAGAUGCCCUUAUGUCAGACUCCGCCUAUUACGAUGGAGAUGUUGUUUUGUCAGACGAUGAGAACCUGGAGGAUGAUGAGAUCUCUCUUGCCAGCGAUCUGGAUGAGGAUGAUGUGGAGGAAGUGAGAAAACAUGAGAAGAAUCUGCAGAAUAAACCGGGGAAAAGGGUCCCAGGAGCCAAUCAGCAGACACACGAGGAGGAUGAAGAAACCACAAAUCCUCUGCUGCUGUCCCUAGAGGAUAAAUCUGAGCGUGAGCAAAGAGACACCAGUCUGUGGUUUGGAAAGGGAAUUUUCUCAUCUAUACUACAAUCUGAUGCUGAUGAGGAGAUGGAACUUAAGCAGGCAAAAAUUUUACAGGAUACCAAAAAAGAAACAAAGCCAGAAGAAAAGAAGAAAGACAGAAAGAAAAAACGGAAAUCUGAGGAAACCACAAUAGAGGUGAACACAGAAACGCCGUCCAAGGGUCCCGAAACAUCUGCGGGGGGGUCUGACCAGACUGCAGCUGCUGAGGACUCCAAUGACUCCGAUAGCGACAGCAGUGAUGACGAAGGGCAUAUAAAGUCUUUGAAGAAGAGUCAUGGAAAAAGAGAAAUUGAUGAGACCGAUGACUUUGAAGUGGUUCCAGUAGAACGUCCAGUAAAACGAUCUCGCGUCCUGGAUCCAGAAGGUCUGGCCAUUGGAACUAUUAUCGCCACAUCUAAGAAAGCCUCCAGAGACCUGGUAGACCACUCCUUUAACAAGCGUGCGUUUAACGACGUUGAAGACGAACUUCCAGACUGGUUUAUUUCUGAGGAACGCAAGCAUCGCAAUGUCCAGGUUCCUGUGGACCGUCAGACAAUGGAGGAAUACCGCCAAAGGCAACGAGAGCUGAACGCUCGACCAAUCAAGAAAGUGGCUGAAGCAAAGGCCAGGAAGCGAAGAAGGAUGCUAAAAAAGAUGGAGCAAGCCAAGAAAAAAGCAGACGCAGUGGUUAACACCGUAGACAUUUCAGAGCGAGAAAAAGCAUCUCAUCUUCGCAGUAUAUACAAGAAAGCAGGCCUCGGGAAGGAGAAGCGCCAAGUGACAUAUGUGGUAUCCAAGAAAGGUGUUGGAAAGAAAGUGCGCCGUCCUCCCGGAAUCAAAGGGCAGUUUAAGGUUGUGGAUGGGAGAAUGAAGAAGGACUUGAGGGGAGAGCAGAGAAAACAGAGGAAGAGGAAGUAGUCGUCACAUGGGGAAUUUUAAGUGCCUGCAUGGGUCAUGUGACUACUCUAUAUAGAUAUUAUAUAUCUUGUAUGAACAGAUCUCUGUAGCCUACUACCAGUUACCGUUUGCCCUCAUGCCACAAUGAAGGGCAUCUGUACCCCUUUGAAACUGAAGCUUAUUUCUGUUGGUGACAAUUUGUGGGCUCCAUUUUGGUGCCAGUAAAUAAAUGAAACACAAAGUUUGUA